AGUAGCUUAGGCCUUCAAACUAAUUAAAAAAGAAAAAGUUAACCUCACUAAAUGACUGGAUGACAUAGACAUACAUAACCUCACUUCUAUGCUUUUAGCCGUGGCUUUUAGCUAAGCUUUUAGCCUCUGUUUUAGCAUACUUUUAGCUUUAGCAGCAGGUUUAAUCCAAGUUUUUACUUUAUCCAAAAGAAAAUAUUUAUGUCUUUCAACGAAAAUGACGACGAUCUUCCACAACUAUCAGCUAAUACAUUUGCAGCUCUAGAAGAAUUCUAUCGAGAACAAGAAGAGCGAGAAACUAAGCAAAAAAAUUUUGAAGCCGAUUCCUCAAAUGGAAAUAUUAUUUUUGAUGAAGACUGGUUAAGUCAGUUUUGGUAUGAUGAUAAAACAAUUGAAGGUCUAGUAGCUUUAACAUUGAACAUUAUUGGUCCUAAUGGAAAAAUUGCCCUAGUUUCUUGCCCUACUCUUUAUAAAAAGAUGAAAGAAAGGGCUGGGCCUAAUGCAGAAGUUACUUUAUAUGAAUAUGACCAGAGAUUUGCAACUUUUGGAGAUGAUUUUGUAUUAUAUGAUUACAAAUCUCCUUUGAAUAUACCUAGAAAUAAGAGUAGUUAUUACGAUAUUGUGGUGGCAGAUCCGCCAUUUUUGUCAGAUGAAUGCCUAACCAAGACAGCUGUUACAGUAAAAUUUCUCACAAAAGAAAAAAUUAUAUUAUGUACAGGGGCUAUUAUGGCUGAUUUAGCACAGAGACUACUAGAUUUGAAAAAAACCCAAUUUGAACCAAAACACAAGAAUAAUUUAGCAAAUGAGUUCUGCUGUUUCACCAACUUCAGUAUAGAUGAAUAUUUAUGAGGGAUCAAAUAAAUGAAAUACAGUAAAUAUUUUUUUGGAACGUAUGUAUUGUUAAAAGUGAUAUGUUCAUAUGAAAUGUUGACAAUUUAACUUCACAAAAAAUGAAAACUAAAAAUUCUUUGAAUGUUUGGUGUUUUUUAGUUGUUGAAACCAAAAUAUUUGGUCCCAUCUAACUUAAUAUUGAGUUGUUUUUUUCUAUAACUCAAUAAUUAUUGCUAUUUGCUAAACAUUUAUCAUGCAAAGUGCUUUUAUUAAAACGAACUGUAAUUGUGUAAUGGGGAAUUUCUAUUUUUUGUUGUAUCUUGAGAGUUGUCAUUUUUUAAUUUAUUCCAACAGGAACUGUAUAAAAAUUCAUACAGUAAGGUAAAGUAUAGGUAUAUAUUUUAUAUUUAAUUUAUAACAUGUAAAAUAUAAUAAAUAUGAAAAUUUUGGAA